CAUGUAGCGUUUUAAAAGGAUCUGCGUUCAACUUCUGCAGGACAGAGGGGCUCUCUGCAGGGCAGAAAGGACACGUAAAUCUGGACUAACCACCAGCCCUGUGUUUUAGAAUACACCGAAGUGAACAAGGUAACGAAUGUUCAUUGAUUGCUUUGAGCGGAAGGCUGAAGCUAACGUACCGUGCUAGCUCAUUAACUUUUUCGGGAUUGUUCAGCAAACGUCAGUGAGUACUAGCUGUAUGCAUGGCAUGUAGGUGACAAAGUAUAAAGUGCUUAAUGGCUGUUAACAAUUCAGUACAUUUAUAAUAAUUCCCUUACCAGGCAAUUUUAUGUUCUCGCUGUUCAUGUCACAUGUUAUGUUCGGGUCUAGAUAAGAGUGCUUAGCGUCGCAAGCUUUACAAUCUAACGUUACCAUUUUAAAUGUUAUGGUAGUAACUAAAACGAUUCUGACAAUACAACGCUUUGCCAUCAAACUGGGUUCACGUCACAUGGUAAUAAAUGAUUUGAUGAACAGGCGGAUUCAACACGAACGAUACUGAGACGCUGUGUCGCGCAGGGAUGGCAAUCUAAUCAAAUGUUAUUGGUCACGCAUAAUUAGCAGAUGUUAUUGCGGGUGUCUCGAAAUGCUUGUGUUCCUAGCUCCAACAGUGCAUUAGUAUCUAACAAUACACCAAUCUAAAAGUAAAACGAUGGAAUUAAGAAAUAUGUAAAUAUUAGGACGAGCAAUGUCGGAGUGGCAUUGACUAAAAUGGAAUACAGUAUAUACAAAUGAGAUGAGUAAAGCAGUUUGUAAACAUUAAAGCGACCAGUUUUCCAUGUCUUUGUAUAUAGGGCAGCAGCCUCUAAGGUGCAGGGUUGAGUAACCGGGCAAUCCCCACUCAGUACGAAUUGUAAGCAGCUGUGCCUCAGUUUGAAAACAUAUUGGAUCCCGAAGAACAAUAAGAUGUUGAACUACAACAACAACACUUUCGGUGGGCCCCACAACAACGGCUCCUCCUUGCUGGACAGGAAGGCGGUGGGGGGCAGUGGGCUGUUGCAGCGCUGUGACUCAGUCACCCUUCCCAACGCUAAAUUCAACCAGAACCAGUUCAUCAACAGUCUGAAGGUGGACCCCUUCUCGCUCCUGAUCGGUGGUUGCGGCAGUAAAAACAAGGAGAACUGCUUCCGAGAUCGCUCCUUCUCAGAGACCGGGGAACGCCUCAAGCCGGGCAGUCAGCUCCAGGGUCUCGGCAUCGGACAGAGCCAGGGCCAGCAGCAGGUGAACUCCAGCCGCUAUAAGACGGAGCUGUGCCGGCCCUUCGAGGAGAAUGGCACCUGCAAGUACGGUGACAAGUGCCAGUUUGCCCACGGCAUGCAAGAGCUGCGCAGCCUGAGCCGCCACCCCAAGUACAAGACAGAGUUGUGUCGCACCUUCCACACUAUGGGCUUCUGCCCCUACGGCCCGCGCUGCCACUUCAUCCACAACGCAGAGGAGCGCCGCGGCCCACCGCCACCCCUCUCCACUUUCAACAAGAUUGAGCGCCCUCGCCUCCAGCACAGCUUCAGCUUCGCUGGCUUCCCCAGCCAGGGUGGUCUGCAGGUCAGCCCCACCUCGGUCACCCCGCCACCUAUCUCUACCGAUGAGGACAUGAGUGACUGGCCCAGCAAACCCUUCACCUACACCAGCCAGGAGCUGGCCAACCUGUUCGGGCCCAGCUUAGGGGGGGGCCUCUCUGUCUUGGAGCCUGGUCUGCUGACCCCGGCAACACCCUCCCCCACCGCCCCCUGCUUCUUCCGGCCCAUGUCGGAGUCUCCCGCCAGUCCCCCGGACUCUCUCUCAGACCUGGAGGGCUACCAGAGCAGUCAGAGCGGCUCGGAGUCCCCUAGCCUGGAUGCCUCACGCCGCCUGCCCAUCUUCAGCAGGCUCUCCAUCUCUGAUGAUUAGUGUCUACACCCCCCCCCAUGGUCCUGACCCUCGCCUUGUUUACAACCCAGAAGUGGACAUGGUAGUUCUAUGCAGCAGUGUUGUAGCCACUUAGUCCAAUCAAAAAGCAGAUUUCCUCCUCUGCAGAAGAACCUCCGCUCCCCCCCUGCCCACCUCAUCUCAGAAUAACCUGAUUAGCCAAUGAACAGAGGUGUCUUUAUCUUACCCAAAUGGUCAUUCAGCCAAGUGGUCACUAAAGAAUCGUGAUACGUAGCAGUUAACAUGACAACACUAGUUCAAGACAAGUUGUCCUUGGGUGAAGGGCUACAAUAACGGUGAACGGUAGAGAUGGAUCUGAACAUGUCAGUGAAAGCUCCAGUGUGUCCAUGCCAGGAGUCCCCUGUCGUUUUGGUGUGUAGCAGUUAUGCAUAUCGUCACGUGACCAUUGUUGCCUGUGCCACAGCUAUCUUCAAACCUCUCAUCCGUCUACGCCUCGAGAGGACUUGUGACAAAUCAGUGCUCCAUUUACAAUGGGUCACCUUUCUCUUAAAAUUAAACCAGCAAAAAUAUUAUUGGACAAUCAGUUCUGAUGAAGUGCCUUGGUGAUGUCCGAUCAAUGUGUACCAAGACAUCUGUGGGACUACAAUGGUUACUUUUAAUGAUUCCAUGUUUUUUUCCUGCCCCUCUAUUUUUGAAUUGUGUAAUUUUUGGAUGUGGGGACUAGACAAACGCACAGAUGGCUUUUGUUUAGAAUUAGGGUGGGAAGAAUUAAUUUUAUUUUGGUGCUGAUAUGUGCUCUCUGGCACCAUGACGACAACCCCUAAGAAUAAUCUGUGGUGCCCUUAGAAAUUUUCUAUCUUUAGUCGUGUUGAAGGUCGGAGGAGUAGGACUGUUCAUAUGAGUAAACUCUGGCCAAUCAAUAUUAAUAUUUGCGCUUGGCCUGUCCUGUCUCCCAGGAUACCAGCCAGCUUAAUAGAUGACUGAGAGGACCCCUCAAUCUCCACUGUCAAAAAUCUGAGUGAAAAGCUCUUCCAUUAAUUCCACCUUGUUCAACAUUAUUAUUGUUUAGUUUGUUUUGAAAACCUUGAGGUUUUUCCUUGUCACUGAUUAUUUAACUUAUCAGAAUGUAUUUAUUGCUGAUCUUAAGGCAUUUUUUUUGUAUUUAUCUUGAUAAUGAAACAAUAGAAUAUAUUUUCUUUUAUGUUAAAUUAUGAUCUUCUCUAUUGAUUGAAGACUUUUUUUUUUUUUUUUUCCCCCACAGUUAAUAUAUUAUACUGCAAUUACUUUUUUCUGUUUUGUAACUACACUUUGAUUUAUUUAGAAAGUUAAUCUUAAUUUAAACUUAUUUUUGUUGUAUUUAUUGUUUUUCCCUGAUGUUGAACUGUGGUUUUCAGCUUCUGUUUUCUAUCCUAAUCCUCUUCCAGUUGUGGAUUGCAGCAGCUCUCCAAGGUUCUCUAGAAUGCAGACUUGGGUGUCAGUCCUCUUCCUGUUAUUUCACUUUCUUUUGACCAGGACAAACAUUCAUUUUAGUAUUUAAGUCACUCUUAGCCUAUAUAACCAGCAUUUUAAUGCUGCUAACGACAAACGGAAAUGUCUUGAAUUAGUUAAUUAUGGACGCUCGCAUAUUCCACAAUGCCAUGAACAUUUUUUUUUUAUAAUUUUUUUUGCCAAAUAAGGUGAUGUUGUUUUGGUCAUUUUUGUUGUUGCACCAGUCAUUCCCAUUUAACUACCUAUCAAUACAUUCCACGUAUCCCCAAGCAUUGUGCCUUUAUCACACGUUUUAGAACACAGAGCAGAUUUAAGCCUAAACCCCUUGUAGUGGAAUAAAGGGGAACAGGGUUGACAUCAAUCAACAGGUGAAUGUAUUCUCUUUUUAGCAGCUGUUGCUGUUAUCUACAGUCUUCAUUCUCAUGUAUUAUUUUUGUAAUGACAGAUUGCAGUUUAAACCAAUAAAACCCAUAUUUCUAUUGAA